AUGAACACCCAAGUCAUAGAUUUUGCUGAUUUUGUGCCAAAUGAUUUUGUGACAGAUUCCUCGACUUCCAACGCCAACAAUAAAAGAGCUCGUUCACAACCAUCUAUUUCAGCUUCUAAAAAAUUGAAAUCAAAUGAUGUUUCUAUAGUCUCUGAUCGCAAUUUGGAUUUAGAAAAGUUCAAAACUGGAAACAUAGUCAAGAUCAAGCUCACAAAUUUUAUAACUUUUUCAAAUGCUGAAUUCAACUUAUCGCCUCACUUAAACAUGAUAAUUGGUCCAAAUGGAACUGGGAAAUCAACUUUUGUUUCUGCUGUUUGCCUUGGUUUAGCUGGGAAACCUGAUUUGCUUGGAAGACAAAAAAAAAUUUCGGAAUUUAUCAAAAUUGGUAAUCCCUCUGCAAUAAUAGAAAUAUUUUUAUGUAAUCAUAAUGACAACAACAAAAAAAUUGGUUUCAGACCUUUAAUCAAAGUAAAAAGAAUAAUUAAUAUCAACGAAAAAUCUCAAUGGUAUUUGGAUGAUGCUCAAGUCAACGAGACAACAAUAAGAAAAAAAAUUAGCUCCUUAAAUAUUCAAUUAAAUAAUCUUUGCUCAUUUUUACCUCAGGAUAAAAUUGUGGAAUUUGCCAAAUUAAAACCGGAGGAACUAUUAUUAGAAACAGAAAGAUGCUUAAAUAACGGAAGUUUAGAAGUUAUCCAUAAAAAUUUAAUUGAUUUAGAUUUCCACUUUAAUAAAAUUAAUCAGAUUUUAUCAGAAAAAAAAUCAGACUAUCAAAAAUUAAUAGACCAAAGAAAGCUUUAUCAAAGCGAAGCUGAAAAAUUCAAAAAAUAUAAUCUUAAAAUUGAUGAAUUGAGACUUCAUUUAAAAUUAUUGCCUUAUGCAAUUAUUCAAGAUUUGAGGAAAAAUGCUAAAAUUUAUAAAAUCAGAAAAGAUAACUUGGCUUUAAAAUUAAAAGAAUUCAUGGAUUUUGAAUCCCCUUUUGACGAUAAAAUUGCAAGCUUAAAUUUAAUAGUUGAUAAAUACAAUAAUAAACUUCAUGAUAUUGACGUGAAAAAGAAGCAAAUUUUACACAAUUUAAAGAGUUUCACUGAAGAAAUAAAUAAGUUUGAUAAGUUUAUUUCCAAAUGCAAUACAAAUAUAAUAAAUCUAAAAUCUAAAUCAGAAAGAAAAAAAAUAGAAUUAAAAGAGCUUUUAUCUGAAAUAAGCUUAAUAAAUGAAGAAAAAAAUCAAGUCGACUUACCAACUCAAUUGCAAUUCGAUGAUUGUAAAGCCAAAAAGGAUCAGUUUUAUCAAUUGAGCAAUAAUUUAAAAAGAGAUCUUCUCGAAUUAAAUGAUUCAAUUACUAUAAAAACAAAUAUAAAAAACCGCAUAAUAUCAGCAACAAAUAAUUUAAAUUCUCAACUAAAUUCAAAGGAUAGAAUCGGAGUAUUGAAUAUUUCCAAUUCUGAAGCAUUUACCAAUUGUAAAAAGGCUGUGCUAUAUUAUAGAGCCAACCUAAACAGAUUUAAAGGAUUUAUAUUUGAACCUCCCAUUCUAUCAAUGAAUGUUACAGAUCAAAGAUACUCAAUUUAUUUGCAAGAAGUCAUUGAUAGCUAUACUCAAAUUGCAAUGACAGCAAAAGAUCAACAGACAUAUAACAAACUUUCUUUUGAAUUUUACGAUGACCAAAAGAUUAACGUUCCAUUCAAAUAUCUCAGUAAUAGCAGUAUUACUAGAAAUUACACUACUGAACAAUUGGGAUCUUUUGGAUUUGAUGGUUAUGCCGUAGAUUUUAUUAACGGUCCUGAUGAAGUUGUUCAAAUGUUAUGUGAGCAAAGUUUUCUAAAUGAUAUUCCUAUCAGUUUAAGAAAUUUAUCUACAAAGCAAUUAGAAUUUUUAAAAAAAAAAGAUCAAAAUGGCAGAAUUAGGUUUAGAAAAUUCAUUGCUGGUGAUUAUCUGUAUGCAUUAAGAAUAUCGCGAUAUGGUUCAAGACAAGUGAUUUAUACUACUAAUCGUAUUAAUAGAAAAAGAAACAGUUUAUUUGAUUCUUCUGGUAUAACACAAGAGCAAAGAAGCACAAUCACUGAAAAUAUCAAUGAUAAUAAACGAAAAGUAUUGGAGCUUGGUCAACAAAUUGCGAAUAUAAAAGAAAAUUUAAAAAUUAAAGGGAGUGAAUAUGAUAAUUUUAACUCUAAUUUUGAAGCUUAUAAAUCAAAAUUAAAUGAAUAUUCAAAUCAAAAAAAAAUUCAUAUUAGUCUUGAGGAAAAAACUAAAAAAUUUCAAAAAAAAGUUGAAGAAUUGAGAGAAAUAGCAGAAAAAGAUUUCACGCCAAAAAUUAUUGAAAUUGAGAAUUUUGGUAAAAAAUAUAAAAAAAUGAAGUUGAAGAAGAUAAAUGAAAUGGCUAAAUUUGUGUUUAAGAUAAAUGAACUUAAUUUUUUAAAGCUUAAGAUAAACAUGAAAAUAAUUGAGCAAACUAAUAAAAAAUUGACAAUAGAGAAUUUGAUGGAAGAUUUUCAAAAAACAAAAAGAAAACUUGAGAAUCAAUUAGAAAUUGCUAAAAAGGAAUAUGCUAAAGCGAAAAACAUUGACUAUAUUCGAAAAAUUAAAGAACAGACUAAUACGUAUACAGAUGAGGAAAAAUCCAAACUUGGCGAAUUGGCAGAAAAGUAUCAAAAAGAAGAAAAUAUGACAGAAGUGAAAAUUCAAAAUAUAAUUAAAGGAAUUGAAUCAGAAAUAUCAAUGCUUGGAGACGCUUCUUCUUCAUCUAUUGAAAAGCUUAGAAAAGUUGAGAAUGAUAUUAAAAUAUUAUCAAAGGAAAUUCCUGGUUUGGAAAAAGAGCAUAAGAAACUUUGCGAUAGAAUAAAGAAUUUACGAGAUGAUUGGGAACCCAAAUUGGAUGAGCUAAUUCAACAUAUAUCUAGAAAAUUUGCAAAAGGAUUUCGAAGUGUGGGCAGUGCAGGUGAAAUAUGUAUAAAUAAGAAAGCCAAUUUCAAAGACUGGAGAUUAGAGAUUCUUGUUAAGUUUCGAGAUAACUCUGAUUUAAGAGUUUUAGAUGCAUUUGUUCAAUCUGGUGGUGAAAGAGCUGUUUCUACAAUUUUUUAUAUUAUUAGUCUACAAGGGUUAACCAGCUCUCCAUUUAGAAUUGUUGAUGAAAUUAACCAAGGAAUGGAUCCUAGAAAUGAAAGAAUUGUUCAUGAACAUUUAGUUAACGUUGCAUGUAAUGAAGAAAACAAUGCAUCGACUCAAUAUUUUUUAAUUACCCCGAAAUUAUUGAAAUCGCUUCACUAUCACAAAAAUAUGUCUAUUCAUUGUAUAAUGGCCAACCAUAAUAUGCCAUUGGAGAUAAAUUAG